UCAAUAAAACAAAUACAUUAUAGGGAUGGCGUCAUGUAUCUUUGCUGGGAUAUGGCACCUUGUCUAUUACUUUUUGGUGCUUCAAGCCAUCCCUACAUCCCCCUUUAUUUUGAAGAAAUGAUUUUUCCACUUGUUUUCACUAUUAUUUAAUGAACAGCUAUGACAACACAGCAUUUUCUAUUACUGUCACUCUGAUUUGCAUGGGUAUGUCGUAUGGCUGAUCAUGGGAUGAGUGAAUUCUAUCUUGUUGAAAGCAGUAGCCACGGGUGCUUAUGCCUGAAGCAGGGGGAAGUAGACAGAGAUUGUCUAUUGUCUCCAAUGACGUAAUUAGGUUGUGAACAGGAUUGUAGUUUCAUUGGCAGGCUCUGCAAUCAGACUGUAUCCAAUGUAAUAGCUACAAGCUUGGACACAAACGGCGGAUGGAAGCGUAACUAUACGCUAGCGAAGUUGCUCCAGUGCAAACCAACAGGUUGCUUGUUGAAAAUGUGUAGACCAAGAUUACUUACAGAAGGCUUUGACACUGAGAGUUCCGCAUGUCUGUCAACAACCCCCUGGACAUUCGACAACGACAACCACCAGGUGAAUGCGAGCUUGAUACUGCGUGCAUCAGGACAAUCCCCCUUGCUCGGUGCAUGCUGCUCUCUGCUUGCUGAGUUAGCAGCAAAUGGCGUCGUUCAGUGUCUCCCAUGUAAGAGUGCCACAAUGUACAGCAGUGACUUGCGACAAAAAAGCGAUAGCUUGUUAUCCAUGCAACCUGACGAAUUUGGAGAUGUUCAGUGAAAAAAUCAGUGCAUCAACUUGUUCCAGUAAGGAGAAAGCGGGUCUAAAGAUGAAGAAGAAGAAGAUUCGAUGGCACAAUUACCGUGAAAUUGUGUAUGAGCUAAUUCUCGCGUGGAGUACUAAAGGUAUGUGUGAGUCCUUAAUGGUAGAUGUAUAGCUAGAUAUUGGCCCGUAGACUAUUGCUAGUGUGUUUUGAAGGUCUAUGAGUUAUUAGGUGUUGUGUACGCGGAUCACAUGAGGUUUGACCAGUGCCAUCCCUAUAGAGAGCGUCUACCGAUAAUAGUGUGUUCAUAACUAUACGUGACUUUUUACAGCACUUCUUUUUAAAUUAAAGGGUUCGAAGGAAUUGAGCGUGUUGAAGUAGGUGCAGUUACUGGUGUUGGAGUAGACAACACAUUUCUAGCCAACAACAUUUCUUUUCUCUUUCCUGACGGUGUUCCUAUUGACGGAGUGCCAGUUGAGGAGGUGGUGACAGUCUCCAUGGGUCUUACAGUUGUCUACAUGAUUCUUGCUGCAGCUGGACUUGUCUUUACCACCACUUGUCUUGUUUUCAUGUUCUACUUUCGAAAAAGGAGGUUGAUUCGACUCUCCAGCCCCAACCUCAAUUACAUUAUUGGACUAGGAGCUAUAGUUCUCUACUUGAAUGUCAUAGUUCUAGUUAUUCCCGCUAAAAGUGAAAACGUUGCUACAGUGAUUUGCAAUGUAAGCAUGAUAUGAGUAUAUUAAACUACCUCUGAAAAGAGGCAUUUUCGAUGUCUCCAAGGUGUCCAUUAUUAGGAAAAAUAUCACUAAUUGGAUACUCUGCCACACAGACAAAUCCAUGGCUGAUUUCACUGGGAUACUCACUGUGUUACGGCAUUAUUAUUAUAAAAAUGAUACGAGUGUGGGUACUGUUUAACCGAACAUUUGGAUUUAAGACUGUAAGUGUUUAUAAUAUGUCCACUAUGGUUAAUUAAUUAACUCUCCUUUUGAUAGUCCCUAUUCAAGGACUAUCUGAUGGCGCUGUUUGUCCUGUCUCUGGCCAUCAUUGAUGUAGUCAUUCUCCUAACAUACACUGCGACUGAGGCUGUGAGAGACAACCUUGGUGUGAAACUCACAGCAAACCGAGAACUACCUGGGGAGACUUUUGGAGCAACAGCAGAGUAUCACAAAUACUUUCUCUAUGUCUGUGAAUCUGAUGGGCAAGUCGUCCUCUACGCAAUUCUGUUUGGAUACAAAGGCAUUCUGCAAGUCCUGUCUCUGCUCCUGGCUUUCCGUACUCGCAAUGUGAAGGUGAAGGGUCUGGAUGACUCUGUGUACAUUGCUGCCUCUGUGUACGUCACAAGUAUUGUGUUGACUGUCAUCAUUAUCUCCACCUAUACUCUGAGGGACUAUGUGAAUGCCUACCCAGCUGUGGUGGGAAUGGGGUUACUGCUGGGAACCACCAUGAUCCUCGGACUUGUCUUCAUACCAAGAAUUGUGGGGCUUUACAAAGACCCAAAAGGAGAAACAGUCAGUACAUUUGCAACAUCAGGUCAAAAUGAUGAAGCUGAGCAGACUAAAUCAGGCAGUGAUAUGGAGAACGAACUAAAGAAACUUCGUUGUAGGGUCAUUGAGCUUGAAACAACCAUAAAAAGUCACGCCCCGGGGGGUGUUGAUUUGUCCACGUGAAGAGGCUGUCAAUGAAGAAAGCAACAACUGAAGACAUGUGCAGUUUAUAAUCAAACUACUUUUUGUAGACAAAGUAGAACUACGUAAUAAUAAAUGAGUAGAACAACCUAAUAAUUAUGUCAUUUUUGUGCCUACCA